CUUUCUCCCUUUUGUAACAGUAAUACCACGGAUAAUAAGGUCUCUGAGUUUAGAAAGUUAGCAGAUGGAGACACCUGAACCACUCCAAAUACUUGGGAGAAACGAUAUAAAACGAAACACAUCCAUCUCCAUUCAUAAAUUUCUUAUCUUUUAGCAACAUGACGCUUACAACGCCCCUUGUUGACAACAGAAGCGAAAGGGAGAGAGCAAUCGACGAAUGGCUUCCGGUUACCUCCUCCCGGAACGCCAAAUGGUGGUACUCCGCCUUCCACAACGUCACCGCCAUGGUCGGAGCUGGUGUUCUCAGUCUCCCUUACGCCAUGUCACAACUCGGCUGGGGUCCUGGAGUAUCAGUACUGGUAAUCUCAUGGGUCGUAACUCUCUACACGCUCUGGCAAAUGGUUGAGAUGCACGAAAUGGUUCCCGGAAAACGAUUCGACAGAUACCAUGAGCUCGGGCAGCACGCUUUUGGGGAAAAACUCGGUCUAUACAUCGUCGUUCCACAGCAGCUCAUCGUUGAAGUCGGUGUCAACAUCGUGUACAUGGUGACCGGAGGGACAUCAUUGAAAAAAUUCCACGAUCUGGUAUGUAACGACAAGUGCAAAGACAUCAGACUCUCUUACUUCAUCAUGAUCUUCGCUUCUGUCCACUUCGUCCUCUCUCAUCUCCCCAAUUUCAAUUCCAUAUCUGGAGUUUCACUCGCUGCAGCAGUCAUGUCGCUGAGUUACUCCAUUAUUGCGUGGUCGGCGUCUUUGGCAAAGGGUGUACAGCCGAACGUACAGUAUGGAUACAAAUCGAGUACAACAGCAGGGAAGGUUUUCAGUUUUUUUAGCGCAUUGGGUGAUGUUGCUUUUGCAUAUGCUGGGCAUAACGUGGUGUUAGAGAUUCAAGCAACGAUUCCUUCAACACCUGAGAAACCCUCGAAGGGUCCGAUGUGGAAAGGGGUGGUUGUUGCUUAUAUCGUUGUGGCUAUCUGUUAUUUUCCGGUUGCGAUUAUUGGGUAUUGGGUGUUUGGAAACGAGGUCUCCGAUAAUAUUCUCAUCAGUUUGGAGAAGCCUAAGUGGCUCAUAGCCAUGGCUAAUUUGUUCGUUGUUAUUCAUGUUAUCGGAAGCUAUCAGAUUUAUGCAAUGCCAGUUUUUGAUAUGAUUGAAACUGUUCUUGUCAAGAACUUAAACUUCACACCUAGCUUUACACUUCGAUUCAUCACCAGGAAUCUGUAUGUUGCAUUAACAAUGUUCAUUGGGAUUUGCUUCCCUUUCUUCGGUGGACUUUUGGGAUUCUUUGGUGGAUUUGCAUUUGCCCCUACAACAUAUUUUUUACCUUGCAUCAUGUGGCUUACAAUCUAUAAACCAAACAAGUGGAGCCUAUCUUGGAUUGCCAACUGGGUGUGUAUCAUACUCGGGGUUGCCUUGAUGAUUGUAUCACCUAUUGGAGGGUUAAGGCAGAUCAUUAUUGAAGCCAAAGAUUAUGAAUUCUUCUCUUAAAAGAAUUAAAGAAACUAGCAUAGCAGAUUGAGUCAUAUUUAAAAGAAGCUCUUGAUGGUAUAUGGAAUAAGGAGCAAUUGUUUGAUUUGAUGGUGUUAUAAUUUAUUUUUAUAUGUAUAUGUGUUAAAAGUAUUAUGAGUUGAAAGAUUGUUUAGAAGGGAAAGUGGCCAUGGAAUCAGUCAAGGAAUUUACUUGCAGAUGUUUCAACCCUUCCCUUGAUACAUUUAUUGUGUAUGCAUAUCUGUAUAUGUAUUUCCACUGUAAAAUUAUAAAGAUAUUCUCAAUUCAAUUUGCUAUUUUUUUUUACUAUGA